AGCGAAUGGAUGCCGUGCCGGACUAUUAUAAGCUUUUAGAGAUUCCCCGGGAUGCCUCCGACAGUGAUAUUAAAAAGGCGUACAGGAAGAAAGCCUUGCAGUGGCACCCGGAUAAAAACCCAGAUAGGAAAAAAUAUGCUGAGCAGAAAUUCAAAGAAGUUACAGAAGCUUAUGAAGUGCUGUCCGACAAGUCCAAGCGUGAACGUUAUGACAGCUAUGAGGGUGGACUCACAGCAGCAGUGGGAGCAUCCCUGGAAUUUAAUUAUAUGUUUGCAAAACGCAUUUCUUCUCCAGCAGUUCCUGAGGGAGAAGACUUGAAAUUCACCUUCCGCAGUCCCUGGGAAGUUUUCCGAGAGAUGUUUGGCAGCUCAGACUCUUACUCUGCUAAAAAGGAGGAAGAUGCUCCAUGGUACUUAAGAGGCCCCUUAUUUUCCAUCUCCAUUUCUGAAGACUCAGGUGUUUCGAUAACAUUUGGACCCAAAAGAUCACUAUGUUUCUUCUCCCUUGAUCCCAAAGUCUUCAAUUUAAGAAACAUCAUAACCAGAAAAAGGUCUGCAGAGAAGGAUUCUGAGCGAGUAGAAGCUAAGGAUGAUAGAGAGCUAAAAUCUGCUGAGGCUUCAGGUGAAAAUGAAAGCAAUAACAUAGAAGCAGUAGACAGUGAAAUACAAGCAGAGUAUGAGUCGGUCCCAGAAUACAAGGAGCAUGGUGAAUGUGGGCUGGAGCCAGAGUGUGAAACACCAGAUGAAGAUGAGACUCUUGAGGGAUAUGAGUCCUAUGACAGGUGGAAUAACCCAUGUGGGGGAUACGAAGUGGUGAAGGAUGAGGUGCCUUUGGCCUAUCCUUCAUCUUCCAUGUACGAACCACAAUAUGCAUGCACCUCCUCCUACACUGACUAUGAGGUGCCUUCCCGGUGCACAUCUCCUGUAUCGCGGGCAAGGAAAAAUGGGACGCAUUGUAAAUAUAUGACCUCUCCUGCAUAUGAGUCACAAAGUGCAUAUGAGUCUUCUGCCUUAUAUGAGCCACAAUAUAGCUGCGAAUACUGUCCUGUUUAUGAGUCACAAUAUGAUGAUGAAGUCUCUCCAUCCGAGUCACCGUAUAUAUAUGAAACCUCAGAGCCAAAAUCUCAGUACAGGUAUGAUGACUCUCCUGUGUAUGAGUGGCAGUAUGGUUAUGAGACCUCUCCAGCAUACGAAAUGCACUAUGUGUGCAAGGAUUCCCCCACAUAUGAAUCUCCGUAUGAAUACGAGUCCUCUCCUGUGUAUGAGUGGCCCAUGCAGCAGAAUGAGUCGCAGCCCAAAGAUGCCUCAACUCCUGCAUUUGAGUUCCCAGCUAGCUGGAACAAACUGCAGAAGGAAUGCAAAUCACAUGCUGGAUGCAGUGAACCACAUGAAAAACUGGAUCCAUCUUCUGGAGAUACUGAUGAUGUUCAAGGACCAAAGGAGUUACCUCCUGGCUAUAGGCCAACUAUUGGAAGCAAGGUGUCCCUGGGUCACAAUGAAGCAACACCUAGCUGCCUCAGGGUGACAACUGGAAAUACACCGUUAGCUGUGCCUCCUGAUGAGCAGGGCAGUGGCCAGCAGGGUCAGGGACCAAAUGGAGCCAGGAAGCAAUCACUGGACAACUCAGAUGGGUUCCUGGGUGGCAUGAGGAAAUUCCUGGAUGGAACAAAGAAGCUUUUGUGUAGAGGGAAUCAGCUUUUGAAAGAGCCAGUUCCAGAAGGAGCCAAGUGGACAAGUGGUGCAAGCCAACUCCCAAACAUAAACAGCCCACCUCAGAGGGGGGUAGUAAGGCAGCUGCACAGUGGAGGAAGCCCUCUCCUGCAUGGACACAAUAUGUUUUUAGAUCAUCCCAGCUGGCCCAGAGGGGAAAGGAAUCCAUGUGUAGGCAGAGCAAUCCAUCCACAUCUCCCAAGAGGAGCCUACUGGACAGGAGAGGGAAUGACACCUCAUCUCCCAGAUAUUUCCAGCAGGCUCCUGAGAAGAACAAAUAGGAUCCCUGGCAGGGGGCAUUUCUCUCCCUUGCCCUCCCAUUCCAGCUGCUCCUAUAACUCCUAG